AACAAUACUGGUGAUAAGAAGUUUUACAGUCUAACUUGAAAAUAUGUCUACUAAUGAGGACGAUAAAGAAGAAUAUUUUCUGAGGGCUUCUCUCCUGCUGCUGAAGGGAGGAGGGUUGAUGUCGAAAGAAACUCUGAACAGAGAAGUGCAGAAAGCUGGGGAAAAUCUCGAUGUACUUCUUAAAAGGCACAAGGGCAACCUCAAACACAAAUUUUCUACGGAACAGAGAAAUAAGCUGUGCCUUGACGGCGGAACAACUUGCGUAGAGCAAUGGGAUUUAGCUAUGCUAACACUAGUACCAUUGACAGUUUUUAAGCUAUCACUUAACGAAGAUGAGAAAAAAGCAUUGAAAUGUAUAAAGUACAAGAGGGAUACAGUUUAUGCUCAUACGCAUUCUUCUGUCCUAUCUUUUGACGAUUACGACGACAUCCGGAAUGACCUAGAGAAGGCACUUCAUGUUCUGUCGAAUGGGUUGAGCGACUAUGUGAAAGACGAGUGUGAUAAGAUAAUUCAACAGUGUACAACUGGACCAAUCAGCCCCUCAGUAAAAGCUGAACUUUCUAAACAGUUAAAGGGUACGGAGGACUUAGUGAAGGCUGUAAUGACGAAAUUAACGGACACGCACAAAGCUAUUAUGGAUAUGAGAAAUGAAAUCAUGGAAAAACUAGAAAAGAUGAGCAUGAAUCAGGACAGAAGUGAAAAAAUUAUCAAAGUGAUCUGCACAGAGCUUACUUUGAGCGGAGCUGAAAAUGAAAGCGAUGACAUUGACUUUGUUGACGAAAUAGUAACAACGGUUAUUAACAAAGCGACAACGAAAGUGGGAAAUAAUGACUAUCCUAAAAUUCACCUUGCUGUUAAGAAUAUUCUUAGGGAAAUCGAAAACAUUCCUGAUGUGAAAAUAUUACCAGCAGCACAAAAGUGCGUCCUCCUUAAAUUCGAAUGUACAACUUAUACAAGUAUCUUGCAAAUGCUCAGGUAUUUGGAGAGCGAAAGCUUCUUGGAGUUGCUGAAAGAGCUUGCAAGUGCAGUGAAUACUGAUCUACCUGAUGCAAAGGGACCAUUUCGGGUCGAUGCGACAGUUACAACAGAUUGCAUGACGGAGCUUUUAGAUGCAUUAAGAGCUGAAACAUCAUCGAGGUAUACACGUUCCAUCAGAAUGCAAACAGAGGUUCAAACAGUACAUGGAGUCAAACAUAUAUGGUCUCUCUUUGAAAAAGGAGGAGUCACAAAUACCUUACAGAAAUUAUCAGAAGCAGUAUUUGAUGAGUUAAAGACAAGAAUAACAAUAACACCUUCGAUAGAUGUAGGGCAAGUAUAUGACGCCCUAAAAGAAGCAGAUGUACAGUCAGGUGGGUCAAUGCAAGAGUCACAUGUAGCCAUUAGAGACGGUGCUCAUCAUCACGAACAAAUUGAGAGUGGAUCAAGCAAACAUG